AUGGUGCAGGAGGCAAUAUCUGUUUACUGGACCAACUUCUAUCCUGAGUGGGCCUCUUACAAGCUUGGAAUAUUCAUUUGUUUGAAUUGCUCCGGGAUUCAUCGCAACCUUCCUGAAGUCAGCAGGGUCAAAUCCAUCCACCUUGACUUCUGGGAGAAUGAUCUAGUAGAGUUUAUGAAGACGCAUGGGAAUCUCUGGGCCAAGGCUAAAUAUGAGGCAAAAGUCCCACCUUUCUAUUACAUCCCCCAUUCCAAGGACUGCCUGGUUUUAAAAGAACAAUGGAUCAGAGCUAAAUACGAGCGGGAAGAGUUUGUUGCCACCAGUGUCUGCCAUGAAACAGGUUCCUCAGCGUCUGCAGGCAGCCGUGAAGGAUUUCUGUGGAAGCGCGGGCGGGACAGCAGGCAGUUCCUGAAGAGGCAGUUCCUCUUGUCGGCAAGGGAAGGUGUGCUGAAGUACUACACCAAAGAGUCUAAAGGGCCGAAAGCUGUGAUCAGCAUAAAGGAUCUGAACACAAUGUUCCAGACGGAGAAAAUCAGAAACCCUCAUGGGCUGCAGAUCACCUACAGCAAAGAAGGUCAGACAAGGAACCUCUUUGUCUAUCAUGAAAGUGGAAAGCUCAUACCCUGGAUUACAAGGAAUUAUUUCAAAGAAGGCUAUAUGGAGAAAACAGGGCCAAAGCACAAGGAGGCCUUUAAGAAGCGCUGGUUCAGCCUGGACUCCCUGGAGAGGAACCUGCUCUACUUUAAAGACCCGUUGGAUGCCUUUGAACUGGGCCGAGUUUUUAUUGGAAGCAAAGAGCAGGGAUAUGAGGUCCAGGCUGGCUUGCCCAGAGGAGUCAGGGGGAAGAGGUGGAAAGCUGGGCUCACCAUAGUCACGCCACACAGGAAGUUUGUGUUUGUGUGUGAAAAUGACAGGGAGCAGAAGGAGUGGAUAGCGGCUUUGAAUGAAGUCCUCUCCCAGCCUGUGACAGCCUAG